GAACGCAGGGUGACUAUUUCUUCUAGUAGCCGAAAUUAAACAUUCCAUUACACGAAGUAUUGGACAAUCCGUAAGCGACAACAAGUGCAAGAAAAGGACUAUAUCACGCGUGGGCUGUAAACUGUGGACUGUAUAUUCCAAUGGAAGAGAUACUACCUUUUACCUUCGCCCUUCUGGUUGUACUCGCAGGCUCAGGUGUUUUUCAGGUGAAUGGGAUGACUGUGUAUACACCUGAGGAGUUAGAGGCGGUAAACGGGACAGAUGUGAAGCUUAAGUGCACCUUCCAGUCGACGGCAGCCAUCUCGCCGUCUGUAGCUAAUGUAGUCUGGACCUUCCGGCCCCUGGAUGGUGGGAGCGAAGAGUCGGUGUUCUACUUCCAAAACAAGGCAUACCCUCCAUCAAAUGGACGCUUCAAGGGACUGGUGGUGUGGGCGGGUGACAUUGCCGGGGGCGACGCCUCCAUCCUGCUGCGCAAUGUGAAGUUCACCUUCAAUGGAACAUUCAGCUGCCAGGUGAAGAACCCUCCUGAUGUGCAUGGCUUGGCAGGAGACCUGUUGCUAAAGGUGGUGCGUACAGCCUCCAUCUCGGAGAUCACUAUUCUGGCUUCAGCUGUCGGGGGUGCCAUUGGGCUGGUCCUAAUCAUCCUUGCCAUCUUUGUUUUGUUCAAAUACUGCCGGCGGAGGAGUCUGGAGAGGGAACUGGAAAUGUCCCAGUGGGACAGGAAGGACCCAACUGUGUGCGACCCAGAGGACACCUUGCCACUGAAUUCCAUAGAGGAGGUGGUAAACUACAGCAGUGAUGAGGCUAGCAUCAGGGAAAUCAAUUCCAAGGAGGAUGAGAAGAAAAGUCUGGAAGCGAUGGCAGAAGAUACAGCUGACACUGUAAGCAUCAACUCUGACAUCAUCCCAGCAAAGGAUGACACUUACAUCAUUGCCGUGACAACUGACGCUGAUGCCAUCCUUGCAAUGAAUGAUACGGAUGUGAUCCCUGAAGAAGGGUUAAAACAUCCAUCUGGCAAGAACAAGGAAGCCACAGAGAAAACAGAGCCAGAGGAGGAAGUUCCAACUACAAAAGGAGAUCCACUCUAGAUACUCCCCUAGUCAUCAGAGAGUGUUCCAGCAGAUCUGCAGUUUUCCCAAUCAAGCAGAACUCUGGGAGGUAAAUGUUUACCUUCUGCCACCAUCUUAGGUCUGACACUGGACAACUUGUCUGUACUGGAAGCUAUUGCACCUACUUUCAGCUCGUCCCAUUGAAGGAAAGCGGCAUCUUGUGAGUUCUGCUCACAAAGCAACAGAUUAUAUCCAUGGUGACCUAUUCAAGUCUUUCAAUGUUUGAGGUAAAGUAGAGUUCAGUGGGAGAAUGACUACAUUUUGUAUGUUUGUUUUUUAUUGCAGAAAACCAAUAGAACGAUAAACAAGAGGGGUUACGUAUGUGCACAUAGGGACUAUACAGAAGGAUAUAUACAUUAGAACUAUUAGUCUGUGAGAUUAAUCUGAGGUCAAAGAGCAUUCUGUAUUGAAAAAAAUAUUUGUAGUUUAUAUGCAUAAUUAAUCAUAAUAAUAUUUUAUAUGUUUUUUUUUUUUCUUCUCUGAUUCUCACCCAUUAUAUGCUCCAAUAUUUCAGGUCAAACUAGAUGGGUAAAAAUAGGUCACACACAUACAAAUACAGGAAAACAGGAAUACACUAAAAAUGAGAGACCAUACAUAGUGUAAUACAAAAUAGCGAGACUAAAGAAAAGGAGAAUGUAGUCUCCAACAUUAACCCAACCCUCCCCCUGGCUUAUGGAACCCCAGUUUCUCUGAUAUUGGAAUAUUUUUCCUUGCAAUCAGCCAUUCCAAGUUAAAAUGUUUCAUAAAUAAUUUAAAUGGACAAAGUGUUAUUCCAGAACUAGACACUCUGACCCUGGUCCUAAAAAUUGGGAUUUUGUAAUCCAAUCCUACCUCAAAUCUAUAUCAAAUGUUGUUUUUGGGCAUUUCAAAAUUAUAAGGUAGAGAUUUUGAAACUGAAAAUCAAGCGAAUGCUGAUUCCACUGAAAGGGUGGAUUCCAGAUGGAUUCAAGGUUGAUAUCGGGACAUGUGGGAGAGAUGGCACAUAUUCUAUGAAAUCUUUAAUCAACUGCUUUAUUAAAUUUUUUUAACAGUGUAGUUAUUAACGGUCGUGCUUCUGUUAGAUAAUGUACGAACCACACUUGCAUGCAAAACACAAAAAUCGCAAGUCUUGUUGUUUCGCCAUUCUGGGACCAAUAUAAAUGAAAAAUCUUUUGGUAAGGCAGACGUGCUAUUCCAAUUAAUCCAGAAAAUCGCAUAAAAAUCAGUUUGGUAGUUUUUAUUAAAAAGAAAAUAUUAGUGAAAAUAUGAGCAUUUUCGUAAGAGUUUUUUUGCGCUCUUCUACAAACUUUUUAAAGCGCAUUACAGUUUCUCACCAAAUUAGAACACGUCCUACUUUUAAACGGACUAGUUAAAUUGGGUUUUCAUGUGCUACGGUUGUUAUUAAAAUUAAUAUUUUGAGGACGAGGCCCCGUUGAAAGUGAAUGGUGAAAGGUUAGCUUGUCUGUUAGCCAGUGACUCUAUAAUGUAAGGCAUUGCGCAACUGCGAGCCACGCGAAUGUCUAUCGGUGUGUCUUUUUGGGAUAGCUGGCUAGCUCUAUGCUUUUAUGCUUAGCUAGCUAGUCUCUAUUGGCUUGGUGGUAAAGUAACAUUAACAUUACUAGCUAAUUACGUUAGCUAGCUACCUCUGUUCAUUCUCUUUCACUGCCCACCACUACAUUAAUUACAUGGAUAGCUAUCAUAGCUAGGAGUAUAGGCAGAGCUAGCUAGUAACUAUCUUCGAUCAUGCUGUAACGUUAGCUAGUUUGAACAGUAGAGUUAGUGUAUGGUUGGUUGGUCGCGCAGCUAGCUAGCAAACAUAUAUUUAGCUAACCUGUGUAGUCAGCAGCUAUUAAAAUGAUCUUGUGAUGGAGCUCCCCAAAUCCUAACCAUAACUGUUCGUAAAUUAAAAAAAACAACAGGCCCUCGAUCACAAUGGGGGCGACAUGGCUCAUGCCGUAAGAGCAGUCAUCUGGCAUUCGGAGAGUUGCCGGUUCGAUCCCGUGCCCAGGCUGUGUCGAAGUGUCCCUGAGCAAGACACCUAACCCCCAAAUUCACUUAUGAUUAUCUGCUUAUAUAAGUACACAUAUCAUAUAAUUAAAUAUUAACUUUAUCGACAGGUUUAUACAGUUUAAAGCAUUUUUAAUCAUGAAAAAACUGGUUUAAGCAGGUGCGUUAAUGUUGUGGCUGAUUGGUGUAUGUAGCACACUAUAUUUAUUUUAUAUCAGUGGUCACUUUAUCAUGCAUUCCAAACAAACAGAUAUUUUGAGGAUAACUUUGCCGUAUUAAGAGGUGCUGAUUUGAGAAGCUGCAGCAACUGACCCUGUGGAAAUAAUUGCUGCCACACACACACAUACACAUAGACUGACCCUGUGGAAAUAACUGAAUGUGUUUCUAAGCCGAUCAACUUACGGCAUCUAGCAUGUGUUGUCGUUAGUUUCAUAAUAUUUACAUGGUCUUGGGUAGCAAGUUAUAGAAAGUAAAGCGCAUGCAUCUCUUUCAUCUCUUCUCUUUUUGCGCUUGCUUAGUGACCUAGCUAACUAGUUGGUUUAAAACAAACUUCCGCUUGCAAUGGCACAAGCCAAACGGAAGCUGAAAAUUUUGCUAAAUCAGCCAUCGCAAUGCUUCCGGACAAUUACUGUAACUUCAACUCUUUCAUUUUUGACUUGGUACUGAAAAGUAGGUGUAAGGGCCAUUAUGCAUUUGAUAGGUAACAGUCUUAAACUACUUACGGUUCUCUAUUCUUUUUAAAUUGUCAAAUAUUUGAAUUAUAUUAGUCAUUAAUAGUUCAAGUUAUUAUGGCAAAAUUAGCUGAGUUUAUUCACAAUGCAAGUUACUUUCUGAUAACACAAGAUAUCAUUGCUCAGGGCAACCACUGUUUAUAUAGAUAUGAUUACAUUACCUAUCCGGUCAAAAAAGUCUGGAAAUUCAACACAAAAACUACAUUUAAAGUGAGACAUAAUGUCAUAAUGGCUGGCAAAAGCCAAAAAAGACAGGAAAUUCAACCCAAAAACUAUGUUUUAAAGAAGAGAUAAUGAUUGGCAAAAGCCAAAAAAGACAGGAAAUUCACAGAAGCACCGAGAACAGUAUCUUGACCUAUGCACUGACAAG